AUGAAUAAACUUGAAGGAAAUCCAUUGCAACAUGUUGUAAAUACUACAACUUCUCUUCAUGCUUUAAUGAAAGUUGUUAGACAAAAAACUGAACGAAAAGAUGCUGAUAUAGAGCGAUUAGAAAAAGAAGCACGAAGAGAUGUUAUUGAAGGAAUUCAAGCAAUGGAAGUAUUAGUUGAACAAAUUCAAAACUUAUCGAAACAGUCAGUUGAUGAGCAACAACAAGAAAUAGAUGUAUUGAUAGGAGAAAAUAUCACUCUUCAAAAGAAAAUUGAAACAAGUAAGAAAGAGAUUGAAUUAUUACAAAAAGAAGUAAGAAAUUAUCAAGAAGAAAAAACACAUAAUAAUGAAGAAUAUGAAAAAAAGAUUGAAGACUUAGAAGAAAGGAUAAAAGAAAAAAAUAAUGAAAUAAGUUCUUUAGAAAAUGAAAUACUUAAUACCUUACAAAAACACCCAUCUAUAUUAAAUACUAAUGAAGACAAUGAAGCAAAAAUUAUGAUAUUAAAAAUUCAAUUAAAAAAAAAAGAAAAUGAAAUUGAAGAACUUGCAAAACAAAUAGAUAAGUUAAAAAGUGAAAAUGAAAAACUUAGAACAGACGUUGAAGUUAAUUCACAAACAAAUGAUGUUAUGUGGAUGACUAUUAUGAAAGGAAGAAAUGAGAAUAAUUCAUUAAAAAAUAAAAUUGAUGAAUUAUUAAAAGGAGUAGUUGGAAGUUCUGAAACAGACAUUUUUGAAGGGUUUGUACAACGUGGAGAAUUAGAUCAAAUCAAAAAAUGGACAGAAAUGAAAUCAUUUAAAAAAGUUUGUAAUAUUGAAGGUGAUGGUGAUCACAAUAGUUGGAGUUGUGUUAAAGGACUAAAAAAUGUACUGUGUAUCAAAGUAACUCAAAUAGGAAGUGUAUUUGGUUAUUUUCAUAGUAAAGAACAUCCAGCAGUAACAACAUGGAAUAUUCCACCAACAACAGAUAUUGUGUUUUCUUUAAGGAAUCUCUUUAAUAGUCCACCAAUAAUUAUUAAACAAAAUGUUCAAAACAAAUUAGUUGAAAAUAAACCUGCUGAUGUUUGUGUUCCGAUAAUUACUGAAGAAAUAGAUUCUCCUUGUCUAUGUUCAUUAAUUUUUGUUGGUGAGAAAUAA